CAUUCUGUGUUCCGCCAUUUUAGUACUAAACAUUUUUUUUCUGUAGUCCACUUCUCUCGACGCGUCUAUAAAAUAAAUCAAUAAUGUAGCAAAUAGAAUAGGGAGUGUCAAUGCAGUUCUCAUAGUAUAUUUGUGUUAUUUUGUUUUUUAUACAAAUCAAUGGCUAAGUACUUAUAGUAAACUAAAAUUUCAACAAAAUGCAUCGACGCGGCGGGAAACGUAUCCGGAUGGACGAUCCUCCACCAGAAUAUGUUAAUCCAAUGACUCCCGCCACGCCUAUGACGGACUACGGAGGACAAUCUGUACACGAGCCAGAAACGCCUAGUUAUUCAGGUUUUAAUGUUGGAGCAGUGGCAAACUCGACUGCCACUGAGAUUGUUAGAGAGGAACCUGAAGAAUCUCACCACGAAGAGGAGGCUGCCAGGUCACCAUCUCCGGCUCCUACGAAACGGAUCACCCGGAGCCGUGGACGAGGUGGUGAUGGAGGGUAUGUGGGGCGAUUGGCAGAGUCGCCGCCCCCGCCGCCCCUGCGAAGACGCGGACGCGGUGGUCGCGGACGGGGCCGUGGUCGAGGGGCGGCCCCACCGCAGGCAUACUCGCCUCCACCUGUACUUUUACCUGGCGACGACGAAAGUAGCCUGUAUAAUAUUUUAAGAUUUAAUAAGACUGCCAUAAAUCAAGUUGUGGAUAUGUGGAUUGAGGAGUACAAGACCAACCGUGAGAGUGCCUUGGUGCAGCUGAUGCAGUUCUUCAUAAAUUCGUCGGGCUGCCGUGGGAAGGUCACACCGGAUAUGGCACAGAUGGAUCACACACUUAUUAUUAAGAAAAUGACUCAAGAGUUUGAUGAGGAGAGUGGAGAGUACCCUUUGAUAAUGACAGGCCAGACAUGGAAGAAGUUCCGUUCAAACUUCUGCGAGUUCAUCCAGACACUGGUGAAGAUGUGCCAGUAUUCCAUUAUAUAUGACCAGUACUUGAUGGACAACAUAAUCUCACUGCUCACUGGACUCUCCGAUUCACAAGUUAGAGCAUUCAGGCACACAGCCACUCUUGCUGUGAUGAAGCUGAUGACUGCGCUUGUGGACGUGGCGCUGCUGACGAGCGUGAACUGCGACAACUGUCUCCGGCAGUACGAGGCCGAGCGGCUCAAGGCGCGGGACAAGCGCGCCAGCGAACGUCUCGAGGUGCUCGUCGCCAAGCGACAGGAGCUCGAGGAGAAUAUGGAGGAGAUCAAGAAUAUGCUCUCCUACAUGUUUAAGUCUGUCUUCGUACACAGAUAUAGGGAUACACUGCCAGAUAUAAGAGCGAUAACAAUGGCUGAGAUAGGCAUCUGGAUGGAGAAGUUCCCGGCGCACUUCCUCGACGAUCUCUAUCUCAAGUACAUUGGAUGGACUCUACACGACAAGGUAGGAGAGGUGAGACUGCGCUGCCUGCAAGCGUUGCAGCCGCUGUAUGAAUGCGAGGAGCUGAAGGGCAAACUGGAGUUGUUCACAUCCAAGUUUAAAGAUCGUAUAGUGUCCAUGUCGCUCGACAAGGAGACUGAGGUCGCGGUGCAUGCCGUCAAACUUGUUAUAGCUAUACUCAAGAUGCACCCGGACGUGCUGACGGACAAGGACUGCGAGAACGUGUACGAGCUGGUGUACUCGUCGUGGCGCGCCGUGGCGGCGGCUGCGGGGGAGUUCCUCAACGUGCGGCUGUUCAGGGCGGAGCCCGAGCCGGCCGCGGAGCCCGCCCGCAGCCGCCGCGGCAAGCGGCGCCUCCCCGCCACGCCGCUGCUGCGGGACCUCGUGCAGUUCUUCAUCGAGUCGGAGUUACACGAGCACGGCGCGUAUCUGGUGGACUCGUUGAUCGAGUCGAAUCCCAUGAUGAAGGACUGGGAGUGUAUGACGGACCUGCUGCUCGAAGAGGCCGGGGUCGGUGAGGAAGCACUGGACAAUAGACAGGAGUCGUCGCUGAUCGAGCUGAUGGUGUGCUGCGUGCGGCAGGCCAGCACCGGGGAGCCGCCCGUCGGACGAGGACCCGCACGCAAGCACCACCACCUGCUGUCCAAGGACCAGGCCAAGCAAGUGAGCGACGACCGCAGCCGCAUGACGGCGCACUUCAUGGUGACGCUGCCGGCGCUGCUGGACAAGUUCGGAGCCGACCCCGAGAAGCUCACCAACCUGGUCUCCAUCCCGCAGUACUUCGACCUGGAGCUCUACACCACGCAGCGCCAGGAGGGCAACCUCACGCUGCUGCUCAACAAGCUGCGCGACAUUGUCUCCGUGCAGACAGAGGCGGAGGUGGUGGAGACGUGCGGUCGCACGCUGGAGUGGCUGUGCGGCGAGCAGGGCGGCGUCUACACGCGCUGCAACGUCGCCCGAGCCACCAUCACCGACAUGUGCGUCAACCGGUACAAGGAGGCCAUCGACGAGUACCGUUCGCUACUGGAGGGCGGCGAGACACCUGAUGCGGACGAGGUGUUCGCGGUCGAGAACUCGCUGCGGAAGGUCUCCAUCAUGUACAUGUGCCACAACCUCAACGAUACCAAUAUAUGGGACUCGCUCUUCGAGGACCUGCCCAAGUGCAUCAAGCAGAACGAGUCGCAGAUGCCGCCACAGGCGCUGGUGUACGUGGUGCGCGCGUGCUUCUACUCCGUGGUGUGGUCGCUGCACGAGCUCGAGGAGCGGCUGGUUGCAGGCGGAGGAGCAGCUGAUGCUCUUUCACAGUUGCACGACCGUCUGCACGGGUACAUGGCGCAGUGCCGCAGCAUCGUGGCGGAGGGGCGGUCGCGCGCGCUGCAGGAGGAGGCCUACAGCAGCGUGUGCGACCUGCUGGUGGUGUUCGCGGCGCGGCUGCCGCACCACGCGCCGGCUCUGCGCCGCCUCGUGCUGCUGCCCGACACCGACCUCUGCGACCUCCUCAACGCCGCCGUGCAGCGGCUCGUCUUCGUGCACCACGACUACGACGGACAAGACGAGAGACGGAUCGAGGAGUUGCACAAGCGCCGCAACUUCCUGGCGGCGUACUGCAAGCUCAUAGUGUACAACAUAGCGCCCAUACGACGCGCCGCUGACGUCUUCAAACACUACAUCAAGUGCUACAACGACUACGGGGAUAUAAUAAAAUCUACGCUAAGCAAGGCGCGCGAGAUCAACAAGCUCAACUGCGCCCUCACCAUGGAGCUGGCCAUGCAGGCUCUCUUCACGGACAUGCUGCAGCGGCACCAGACCCUCAACAAGCAGCUGCCGGAGUUCCUCGAGCUGAAGGAGCUGGCGAAGCGGUUCGCGGUGAUGUUCGGGCUGGACGCGGUGAAGAAUCGCGAGGCGCUGACGGCGCUGCACCGCGCCGGCAUCGCGUUCGCGGCGCUGGAGCCCGGCCGCGCGCCGCCGCCGCACCUGCUGUUCCUGGAGCCCCUGGCGGAGUUCUCGGGCAAGCUGCUGCGGCAGGACAAGCGGCAGGUGCUCAAGUUCCUGGACUCGCGCAUCCAGCACUCGGUGCAGUGGGGCGAGGAGUGGGCCCCCCUGACGGCCUACCGCAACUCGCUGCUGACGGACUCCCCCGACGAGCGCCCGCCCCCCGCACGCAAACACUACGCGCGCAGGCACCGUGGACAUGAGGAAGACGAGGGCGAGGAGAAUCCCGAUUCAGACCAGGAGCACCCAGGCACGCGGAGAAAGCGCCGGAAGAUAGACCGACCGACCCCCUCCACGGACACCACGCCCAGCAAGAGCAGCUACAGCAGUGACACGAGCGUGGCUGCAGCCCCCCGCCGCAGCUUGAGGAACAAACAUCAGAUGCGACAGUAGCCAGCAAGCAACUGAUUACGAGUUGUCAGCGCUUAGCGGCAUGGUAACGGUACCAUUACCACUGAAAGAAAUAACUCUAUUUUCGUAUAUGUGCUUUAAAUAAUUAUAUAUAGUGUUGUACCUACUUGAAAAUUAAAAUU